AGGAACUGAGAAACCCGUUCCGAGAAAUUGGUUCAGCUUUUGACGAGGCUGGUGUGUGGGUUGCGGUCGCUAGGGUUUUAGGAGGGUUUGGAGUUGGAAAUUUGGGGUUGUGAAUUUUGCGCCUCUGCGGGGAAUUCGAUCGCCAUGGCCGAUUUGGAGGAAUCUGAUUACUCUGGCAGUGAGUCUGAGGAAGAAGAGGAAUCGUCUGAUGACGAGCAACAUGAGAGGCCCCUCAAGGAAGCUCGGAAGGAUGCAACCUACGACACGACUGGAAUGCACGAGAAGUUGGAGGAGAUUGGAUGGCCUGAUUCUUUAGACUGGAUCCAAACGUGCUCGAUUACCGUUCCACUUACCGGGAAUACAGUGGACGUGAAUGACGAUUUGGUUCGUGAAAUGGCGUUUUACACGCAGGCUCUGGAGGGCGCAAAAGAAGCCUAUGUUAAGCUUCAGGAGCUUGGCAUACCGUUUCUCAGGCCGUCUGACUACUAUGCAGAAAUGGUGAAGACAGAUACUCAUAUGCUGAAAAUCAAAGAUAAACUCCUUCAGGAUAAAUCGAAAAUAGAGGAGACAGAUGAGCGCAGGAAAGCGCGAGAGGCAAAGAAAUACUCGAAGGAGGUGCAGGCGGAAACCUUGAAAGAGAGGGCGAAGAGGAAGAAACAAGACAUUGAAUCUGUGAAAAAGUGGCGCAAGGUGCGGCAAAAAAGUGGGCAUGCGGAAGGAGACGAUGGCCCCCCUCCUAUCGAGUUCAAUGACCGGUCUGGAAAUCCAAUUGGUGCGCGAGGAGGCCGAGGGGGCAGGGGUGGACGCGGUGGCGGAAGGGAUGGACCAUCCAAAAGCAGGCAACUUCGAGAUGCCAAGUAUGGGAGUGGGGGUAGGAAGCGUGGUAUGAAGAAGAAUGAUGCUUACUCUUCUGCCGAGGAUGGCAAAUUAAGUUCUAGCUUCCAAGGAAAGGGAAGGGGCAGAGGUCGUGGUGGAAGUCGGGGCCGUGGCAGCAGUCGCGGUCGUGGCAGGGGUCGAGGUUAAGUUGUGAGGGGGACUAUCUCUAAGUUGUCAUUGAUUUAAGAAGGUUGGCGUCCAGAGAGUUCUACUUGCGCUGCUUUAGAUUGCAUCAUUAUUUUCUGCACAGUCGCCCGGGCGAGUUGCAGCUUAUUGACAUGUGCCCAAUUUUGCUCGCCUAUUCUUCCUCGAGACUUUGAUGAGUCUCCCCCCGAGGGUUUGCAUUUGAAAUGCCCAACUCUGUGCCUUCUUUCCACGUCCAAUUUACUUGGGCUAGCCAGUAGCAAAGAUAGAAAUCAGGACUUCGCGAUCAGGUUCGAGAGUACUUCUAAGCAUUUUACCGGAGACGAACUUCAGCAUUUAGUCGUUCUCGCCAGUUGUAAUAUAAAUUGUUGAGUUCAAAAUUACAUAUCUCAGUCCUCAGGUUGAGGUUUUGGCUUCAUGGGUUGUAAUGGCGUGGUGUG